AUGGUCGGCCCGGCCGCACUCUUCCUGUGCGUCUACCACGUCGCCCUGGCAGUGCUGGGCUCCGUGUUUUUCGAAAACUACCUGUUCAAGGACUUUGACAACAGCUUUAGUAUCGUCAAAAUAAUUUUCUGUUGCUCCUUUGUGUUGUGCCUCUCCCUUCUCUCCAUGCUGGUCUUCGAAAUACUUGGCUUCCUCACGACAACGCUGAAGCUUUUCAUAUGGUACAUAGACAUCACUUCCCUGGUCCUGUUCAUCUACCUCAUCAUCCCCAUCAGUUUAAUUUACACAUAUGUCACUUACGAAGAUGAGGAGGCGGCAAAUGGACUCUUCAAAUUUAACUACUUUUACAAUGCGCUCAGAAAAAUGAAAAAUAAAAAAAAUAUUUUACCUGAACAUGUUAAGGCAAAUUUUAUGAGAAGAUUACUCUACGUAAGUGAAGAUUUGAUGAAACAAAUGGAAAAUUACAACAGAAAAAUGAGAAAUAAAAACAAACAAAAGAUAUUUCAAUUUGUUAUUGGCUGUUUGCUCAUUUUACCAAUCAUCUGGUUUACCUUUUACAAAAUUUCGAUGAUCACUCUGAAGAAUAACAAUGACAUUUACGACCAAUCGUCUGACUUUUAUAACAUUGGAAAUGUCUUGCAGGAAAAAUUUAACAUUGUAAAUAAAGAUUUUUCACAGGAAUAUAAUACAAAUAAUGGGAAAAAUAAAUACUCUUUUUUUUUUAAAGUUAUGAAGAACUUGCUCAUUUAUAUAUCCGUUACGGGGAUGACUUUGGUGAGCGCUCUUUCCGCCUUCACCAGUUUGUACUCCCCCUACACCAACAUCAGCCUCUUCUUCUUCUUCGUCACCAUUAAGAAGGUCAAAAUUAUUGAGAACAAAAUUAAGUUUGUGACGAACGAGUUGUCUUUGAAGAAGAAGCUCCUCGUUCUGUAUGACCACCCCCAUUUGAUGCAGGCCUUUCAUUGCCGAGGCGGGGGGGACGCCUCCACCCUCCGCGCUUCCCUCUCCAGGGGAGGCAGUCCAAUUAAUGGCGGUAUCGGGAGCGUCACUAGCGUCGUUAGCGAUCGCAUCGGGAGCGCCGCCUUUGGCGUGGACAUCCCCCUGGAGCAGGCCACGUCCCCCUUUCCCCACUGCCCGGACGGGGGGCACCACCUCAGCGCCACGCUCCAGGGAGAGGCGGACAUGUGGAGUGGUGCAAACAUGUGGAGUGAUGCGAACAUGUGGAGUGAUGCAAACAUGUUGAGUGGCACGAACAGCGGGGGUGGUGCAAACCCCGGGGGGGAGCUGCCCCACCAGCUGGCGACCAUGAUGUGUGACCACUUGGUGGGGACCUCCACCGGGGAAGAGCCGCCGGGGGAGAAACUCCCCCAAGUGCGCAGAGGAACACAGCAGGAGGAAGUUGAGUACAUCGGGUGCAAGCCCUUUAAGAAGUGCAACCUCUAUCUGGGCUCCCACAAGUCGAUUUACAAAGACAUUUACGAGACUUUCAUGAAAAAGGAAAAUGGCUUGGACUUGGGCGAGACGCUCCCGGACGGGGAAGACGACGCAGAGAUGGGCGUGGGGGACGACAUGCGGAAGGACUUGCGCACCUUCGAGGGGGGGGAGGGCCACUCGACGAGUCAGACGCGGUUAACGGAGUCAAGCCUGUCAAGCAUGUCAAACAGGUCGAGGCAGUCGAAGCGUUAUGGCGCGCGAGAAAUGGACACCCCGCACAGGGGGCAGCCCAGCCCAUUUGCCCCUUCGGGGGGGGAACAAACGGCAGCUGGGAGCUACUCGGAUGGGGAAGAUGGCAACGAUGACGAAUGUUGGGAAUACAACCCGGGGGGGAAGCAACCUGACGGCGUCCUCAGCACAGCACAGAUGAGCAAAAUGGGGAGUGGCAGCUCCCUCUACAGGAGAAGCGUCAAGUCGGGGAAGCACGUCUGUUACACGGGGCGGUUCCUCUUCUUCAAGACGACUGAGGGGGAGAAGAAGGAGACGACAAAGCAAAAGAAGACUGGGGCGACCCUCUUUUCACAGCUGAGGGGCAUCUGCUCAGUCGGGCGGUUCUUCCAGCAGGGCGAGCCGCUGCCGCGGGGAGGUACCCACAAGGGUGAUCACAGCACAGCUACGAAGCAAAGCGCCGCAAACGCCGCAAACCCUGCAAACGCCGCAAACGCCGCAAACGCCGCAAACGCCGCAAACGCCGCAAACCCUGCAAACGCCGCAAACCCUGCAAACGGUGAAGGUGCCUGCUCUGCGGGGGGGAGGCACAUCUCCGAGUUCCUCUCCGCGAGCAUCGAGCGAUCGUACAGGACGCUGAAGAGCGUGAAGGACUUCUUCAAGCGAAACAAAGCAAACGCAAAAAAAAAAAAAAAAAAAGAAAUCCUCAUGCAGGAUAUCAAGUCGCUAGAAUAUAUGGCCAAAAAUCUGUACUUCCUCCUGGAUGACGUAAUCAAGGAGCAAAUCAGAAUUAACCAAAGUUCCUCCCUCAGUGGAAUGUUGCUGUACCUUCUGGGCAUCCUCAUGUCUAUCCUAUGCGUUUACAAAAUUACAAAAACGUGUUACAUCAUUUACAUGGUGGAAAUUUACUAUCGAUUCAUCUGUACAUACAGCAGCGGACAUGUCCUCAUGUUGUUCUACGCAAAAAAUAUUAACAUAGAUUUUAUAAAUGACUUGAAGAAAGUUUUGCACAUCGUCCACAUCAACAUAAAUUUAGAAAACUACGUCGUCUCCAUCACGUCCAUCCUUCUCUUGUGUUUUAUUUUUACCAAUUUGAAAUCUUUUAUGGAAAGAAUAAUCAAGCUGAGGUAUUCCGCCAAGUCCUCCCUCUACUCCAAUCUGGCCAUCCUGCUCAUGUGCGAAAUUAUGGUUUUGUAUUUUUCCGCCUACUGCAUCCAGCUGUUUGAUUACCUCCCUGCCAAGGAGAAGAUGAAGAUGCUUUACAUUUUCUUCAACAACAACUUGCUGGACCUGUUCAAGCUCAAGUACCACUUUGACUUCGUCUACGUGCUCUCGCUCUUCAUUUCGCUCUUCCUCAUUCGCCUGCACCACCGCCACCGCUCCAGCCAGUUCCGCGAGAUAUGA